GUCAGUGGUUGAAAAUGAGUUACUGAGACGGAUAUAAAUAUAAUCUCACCAGCUAGCUCGGUGAUGUUAAUCUAAUAUCACUGAAAUAUAACUCAGGUGCAGUGUAACGGAGCGAAUAUGUAAAGUUCCGAUACAUAUUAAUGAAUUAUUCAUAGCUAACAGGUCCUGCCGGAGAGUUUAUCAUGUUGAAAAUGAAGCUGCCCAUGCAAACCGCGGAGGAAGGAGUCCACACGGUCGAAGACACGCAGGAAAAUACCGAUUCCAGCGGUCAUACUUCGGUUCCCUACUCUGGUGUGAACCAUCGGUUUAAGUAUUCGACAUCGGAGUCGUGUAACCUGUCUCAAAUUGGAAAGGAGGUGGUGUUUGAAUGGUUUGGCAGGCACCUUAGUCCUUCAAAGCGAAUAGAGUUCAUGUACGGACUACUUCAUAUGUGUCACCCACUUGAGCUUCGCUUUCUGGGAUCCUGUCUUGAGGACCUUGCACGGAAAGAUGUCCACGUCUUGGACUCUGAGAUAAGGGCUAACAGUCAAAGCGACUUGGGCCUCCUUAUGGAUGUUGCCGACCCUGUCGUGCGUUCCAAACUACUUGUCUGCCUGUCACUUUUGGGAUCUGAAAACAGAGAAUGUGCGGGAACACUAUACCGUGCCUUGAGCCAUAUGGACCCCACUCUAUACUUGAACAGUUGUUAUGAUGUUCCUUUAUCUCCACGUGGGACCACACAAAAUGUACCAGAUCAAAAUUCCACUCCUGAGUGGGGAGUUGAGGCUCAGAGAUUCGGGCAUCCCAGCGGGUCUACACUGGAGCUGGAGUCGGGUUCCCUGGAGCACUUGGCACUGCUUUUGACCAUGGCAUCGUUACACCCGGCGUUCUCAUUUCACCAGAGGAGUACUGUCAGACAUCAUUUGGACAAUGUGGAACGGGCCAUAGAGGGGAAAAUGCAUUGCCACAACCGCACUAGCGUCCAGCAUUACGGCCUGUGGAGGGAGGAGCCCAGUCCCAACAAAACUGACCUGGGUGCGUCGGCCCACUGCGUUUCCAAUCACCUUCCCAACCGGACAUCAUUCCAGAGAGAAGCAUUUCAUAUUGACAAGAUUGUACUAAAGAGGAUAUCUUGGAACCAGGGAAACAGGGAAUAUUGUAUUGAGGUCCAGUGGUCUGACUCAACUUGGAGCACAGUGACAAAGACUCACCACGAGCUGGAUGACUUCCUGUCCAAGCUUCUGUGUAAGAGGUCCUCUGAUCCCUUUGAGAGGGGGCUGCUGAAGUUGCUGGCCCAGGGAGCCCAGUACGAGCCCAGGGAACUCGAGAGGGCAUUACAGGAGAGGCUGCUGUCAGCUCCGGAAGCCUUCAGGCAGAGAGGAGAAGUCUGCAGGUUUCUCCUUCCCGACUGCGGUGUCUGUAAGGGUUUGUGCCCAGGACUAAGCCUCCAGGGAGACAACCCAGUACCUUCAGCGAAGACCCGCAGGGCAACGAUGGAGCACUUUAAAGACGACUGCACAGAGCCAUCCAGUCAGGAGGAAGACUUAGCGGGUCAGUUCCCAGGGCAUCAGACGAGCAGCAGCAGCCAGGGCCAGAGGACACUGAUUCCAAAGAGCAGCCAGAGGGACAUCCAGAGACCUGCUGUUACCCCAGAGCACAAUGGCGUUAAGGAGAGGAGGAACAAAGUGGGCACCGUGUCCUGUAGGCCAGGCCGACAUCAGAACGAAGAGGAGAAAAGGGCUUUCGCUCCAGAGCAGAAGAGUCGGAGAAGACCUGAUGAGAGGUGGAGAAGUGAAGGGGCCAAAGUUUACAUACCGAACGGUAUCGUCAGACCACAGUCCACACACAUCAGACAGGGUGGCAGUCAGAAGUCAGUCCAGGACAGAUCUGGAGACACUUGGUCUGAGGCCUCCAGGACUCGCUCCAGCCCACAGCACGAGCCCAGGGAGAGACUGGACGGGGAGGACCUUGAAGACCUGGAGGAAGAGAGAGACACCAAUGGGAGUUUCACAGGCCAGUCUAUCCACGGGAAGAGACCAAGGGGUCACAGAAGGGUCAAGGCUGUGGCUACGGUCCAUCCAAUGGUGCCUGUAGUGUACCAGGAAGAGUCCUCCUCCACUUGGCCUGGUCCCCAACAUCUAGCCUCCGUGGUCCAGAACGGCCUGGUCCCGGACCGCCUACAGCCAGCGGACGCUUCAUUAGCAGACCGGGUUCUGACCGGGACUGCCCGCAUGGUUCCUCGGGAGUCCAUCCCAAGUCAGACGUCCCUGGGCGACCCCGUGGGAGAGAGGCGUGUGUCCCCUCCGACCGACCCGGGCUCCAGCGGUCACCUCGUACCACAGCGCUUCAGGACCCCGACUAGCCUGGAGAGUAGGAGCUCUAACCCCCAGCACCCCAUGGGCGCAAUCACCGUCAUCCCCUCCACCUCCCACAUGCCUCCCCUGCAGCCAGCACGCACCGGCCCUGACCCAGCCUCCGCCACCCUGCCCCUGUCGGCCUAUACCCCCGACCCUGGCCCAAGGCCCCCCACCCUGGCCAGCCUCCCCGCCUCCGCGACGCCAUCUUCAGCGGCCGCUGUCACCGCACCUGCCGACAGCCCAGUCGCCGGCCCGGCCCAGACGUUCCCCCACAGCACGGUCCAGGGAGACGCCCCCGGGGCAGAGGUGGGACAGGCGCGUCCUCAGCCGAAGCCGCCGUCCCACCCUCAGCAGCAGAUGGGCUGCGACACCUGUGGCUGCCGUGACGGCUGUGGCGGUAGCCACUCCGCCUCCCCCGGCUUCUACUUCCCUCCCCAGGUGGGGCACCAGGUGUUCAGCAACGCCCACCUCCCGCUCUUCCACGUGCCCUCCAUGAGCGGCGCCGGAUACCCCGGACGUGUUCAGCACCAGGGCAACGGCGCCGGCCAGCUGCCCUUCUACCCCCCCCGCACGGCCUCGGCCACGCCGCUGCAGUAUGUCAGCGGGCCUCUGCUCCGCGCCGCCCACCCGGACCGCGUGCUGGUCUCCCAGGCGGGGUACAACCUGCCGCAGAUGGCACCCUUCAACCGCUUCUACGCACCCGUGUACACGUCGAUGGGAGUGGGACUGGGCGCGGGCGUGAAGAAGAGCAGUGCCAACGUCUCCUGCUAUAACUGUGGGCUCGGCGGGCACUACGCCCUGGACUGCAAACAGCCCUCCGUGGAAGCUGGGCAUCAAGGUGGCUUUCAGCUGAAGUACACAGCCCCCCACUCCUCUGAAGGUCUUGACAAAUCUGAGUGACUUGAAAGAGGACCAUGGCAAAGCUUUGUUUAUCUCACUACAGUAAAGAUUCCAAAAAGCCAUUGAUUUGAAGAGUACAGUUUUAAUCAUCUGUAUUUCCUUCAAUCUGCCCCUGAAUUUGAGAACCUGUGCAAAUAUACUGAGCAGUUUUUCAGCAAAGAAUGGAAUCCUGUAUUAUUUGAAGUAUUUUCAGAGGACGCUGUUUUUUUGCACUGGAGAACGCCACGACGGUGACUCAUGUUAACUACUUUAAAGAAAGAAAACCAUGUAUUUAAACGGUGCAGAUUUGGUGGGGAAGGUUGUUUUAAUCUUUGUUCUUUUUCUACAUUUUAAUUUUGUUCUGAAUCUACCUUUGGUUCGUAAUUACUUUAGGCUAAGUAGCCUAAUACCAGCUAAAGCAUUUAAUGUCUUGAACUCGCUUGUUUUCCCCAUGAGAUGCAUGGACUGGCACUUACAAUGAGAGGGAAGGUAAGGUUGGUUGUAUGGUAAAUAAGUGAGAAAGUGCCUUAUUUUACAUCAUCAUUUUCAGAACAUUUCAGUUUACAUUGACAUGUACCGACAGAUAAACCGAGAGAGGUUGUGGUCUGGAAACGUGGAGUAUGCGCAUGCAGCAACUCUACAAGCUCCUUUUCAGUGUCCGGACGUCUUUUAAUAGGCUACUUAAGUUAGCCAAUGUAAAAUAUAUUUAGCUACACAAAGCCAAAUAAUAAAUGUAGGUUCCGUCAUUUACUACUUCCACCUCGGUCACCCUGGGUCAUGUGCCGGGAUGAAUCAGCAGGUCUCUCUGGCGAAAGCACUCAGUCCUGUCUUGUCACAAUAAGCAUACUUCAUAUCGUUAUACAUUUUUGUAUCUUUUUUUUGUUGACAAACCACAGGAAUUUUCCACUUGAAACAUGUUCUAUGUUUGAUAUGUCUGGACAAAUUUACCCUUUCUCCAACCACAUUCCCAGUUUUUGGUGGCCGGUCCCUGGUAAGCCCUCAGACAUUUUUUUUUACCUUUAGGUACAUCGCAGCAAAUAUUUGAAUAAUUAGUGUAAUAAAAUGCUUGUAAAAAGAGUCUACAUCUCUCAUACAGGACUCGCCUGCUUCUGCAAACUUUUUAUGAUCAACUUUGAUCAAUGAUGGCUACUGAUGAAUCAUAACCACUGCAUAAACAACUACACCAAUAGGCAGAAAUGGUUGUAUUGCCUAACAUUGCCGUCACAUUAACAAUGGACCCCAAAAUGACUAGACUAGAUGUUUCCUUCAGUUUCCACUUCAGAAAUCGUGUUGCUAUUAUUUUAUAUAUAUAUAUAUCUCUUCACACUGCAAUACUUGGAAGGAAGCCCCUCAGUAAAGUAUUGUUCACUACCUCGGAAAGAUGUGGCACGAGAGUUAGAUGUUUGCAAGUUAAGCCUAUCCUACAAAAUAAUAUUUUGUCUUCGAGUAUUCUUUGAUACACGUCAGGAAAUAUAUUGUAAAAAGACCCCUAUGCUUCCCAUAGAGAAGUUAGAGUUCUGUUUUUUCUAAUAGGUGUUCUGUAGGGAAAAUAAGUUUAUAUAAUAGGUUUGUAAUCAGCUAGUAAGCCUUCCAGCUGAUUUUUAUUUUAUUUAUUUCAGAACAAAUUAUGUAAAUAUUAAAUGUUACUAAUUUGUUUUUGGCUAAAGAAUCCAAAAACGUCACACUUUAUUUUUGGGAUUGUCAUUAAGCAGAAAAAAAUGGUUGGGGUAUGUUGAUAUGUGUUUUGAAUUGUUUUUGACAGAAUAUGCAGAAUGUACCAUGAAUAAGACUAUUUGUUGUACAAGCUAACAAUAUUCCAUUUGAGGAAGUUAUUGAAGUAAAGAAGUAAUUGUUUUAUUACAAUUUUUUGCCACUUUAUAAUGAAGUGAAUGCUGCUGUUGUCUUGUACUGUUUACUGGGGUCAAAAAUGAACAAAAUACAAGUGUGUGUGUGUGUGUUUGCUGUCCCCAGUGCUCUCAGGGCAUUAGAGGACUAGUGCUUUAAGUAUCCCCUGAGCUUGUCUUCUUCAGGAUGUGAUUUCCUGGAGCUCAAAAUCAACCCGUGAGCCCCUAACCCAUAGUCACUUGGGUCCUUCCACAAUCAACCACUGAGUAUUCUGUUAAAUCUGAACGCAUUAGAUGGGUGUAACCGAUAUUAAAACCUUCACCCGAGCAUGCCUUUGGAUACGCUUGGUUGAAUUCUGGGCAUUUUGCUUUCACGACUUAACCUUUUGGGCUAGUUCAUACAUUUUAGGGCCUAGGCAGGGCUGGUUCUAGACAUAAGCAGUCGGUACCGCUAGGGGAUCCAAUUUCUUAGGGCCCUCAAAAGGCUAGAGCCGGCCCUGGGCCUAGGGGUUGAUUGGGUCCCUUCUCCUGUCACAAUGUAUGUGUACUGUACCUAUUGAAGAUGAAUGUGAGGCUCCUGCCUGGUUUUAUGGACUUGUCAGGCUUGUUGCCAGGACCUGUGUGCCCUAUCCUUGUCAUGCAGCAGGUAGAUUGUAAUAUGCAUGUAAGUGUCGUCUGUUUUGUGUACGGGGCUACAUGAACACUUACUGUAUCAGUCUAGUUUACGGGUGAAAACAUCUGUGUUGUAGUCAGUUGUCUGUGGGACUGAAAGUUAACUUCAAGUUAAGGUGGGGUUGUUAAGGUGGGUUGUUUUCCAACACACGGCAGAAAAAUGCACAAGCUAUCUGAAAUUGACGUGCAGGUAAAAUGUCUGUUUUAUAAAGUGUCUCGUAUCCACUGUUUUUGUGUAAGCGUCUUUUGGGAAUCCUGUUUUUUACCUUAACGUUUUAAACAUUUUGUAUUGGGUUUAGGAGCCCCGGUUGAGUUUAUUUUGUAUAUCUUUAUUUUGAUAAGGUUUUAAAUUAAAGUUUAAAGGGAACCCUA